AAUAUGUGAUAGUUUUUAAUGGACCUGUAGUAUUCCAUUCAAUAUGCCACCAAUCAAUUCUAAAUCAAAGAAUAGUGGCGCAGAAUACGAGAACAUCAUUGCCAAGAAAUGUACAGCAUUGGAUUUCGAAGAUUACAUUCAAGAAAAUAAGACAUUGCUCUUGAAUGAUCCACUUCGAGAUAUUCUUCUGUACCCGACAGAUGAUGUGUCUAGUGUCGUUCUCCCAAGACGCUGGAGAACAGUAACUACUGCAGUCCCUGAUGUUCGAACUGCAUCUACUUGUCCUUUGCUCACUCGUCAAGCUCUGCUCAGCUAUGCUUCCAGUUGGAAUCUUAUACAUUACAAAUAUACAAGCUACUCUAGUUCCUAUCUUAACUUGCCAAGGCCCAUAGACAAUAAAUUACCAGAAGAAGUAUACGACAUAGACGCCGAAAUUGAAAGCGACCAUGAAGCUCAAACUGCUAAAGUGGACCUCGGUACCAAAGAGGGGUACUUGCUUAAAGGACCCGAAAUUGGCUCAGAAAGAAUAUUCAGUAAUCUCGCCUCGAAAUCGUUUAAAAAACGUUACUGCUCAAUGGUUAGGGAAGCUGAUGGCACUUAUAUUCUUGAAGUCUAUAAAGACGAGAAGAAAACCGAUAUCAAACUCACAAUAGUCAUGGACUAUUGUUCAGACGUUGUUAAAAAUCCGAAACGUGGGCGUUUUUGUUUUGAAUUGCGAAUGGCCGGCGGCAAAGGAUACACAUUUUCUGCAGAUAAUGAUGACGAGAUGAACGACUGGAUCAAUUCUUUUAACGCAGCUUUAAAGAAGAAACCGGAUAGCCAGGAAUGUCACCAAAAUGAUGAAAUUAUAGAUAAAGAUGCAGAUGUAUCCUUGACAGCGGAACCGCCGCCUCCAACUUACGGCACACUCAAAGGAUUGGAACACAGCAUGAAUCCGCUCCUGAUGCAGUAUUCAAGGGAAACGGAUUUGUCAAUAUCAGCGGCUCGCAGCGAAUGCCGUGUCAAUAUAUUCAGUAUGCCGUACAAACGGGCGCCUUCUCCCGAACCUCAGUUGGAACCAUUCAAAGAACACUUUGGCCAAAGAAUAUUGCUCAAAUGCGAAAGUUUAAAGUUUAGGUUACAAGCACCGAUAGAUGGAGACAAAGAACUAUUAUGCCAAGUGGAGCCUUACUACACGCACCUGGCGCUGUACGAUGCGAGAAGCGGGAAGAAACUCACGGAGAACUUCCACUUCGACCUCAACCACAACGCGGUCAAAGAUCUAGUCAUGGAGAAUGAAUGCACAAAUACAUUGACGGAGAAUUUUAGCUACGAUGUUAAAUUAGACGUUAAACAGAUUCCUGAGGAGUGGUACAGGUCGAAGAAACAGGUCAUUUUGUCAGUCAACAAUCCCCAUCCAGAUUUAUUCAUAGUGGUGAAAAUAGACAAAAUUCUUCAAGGCCAUGUGAAUCAAGUUUUGGAACCCUACCUCAAAGCUACUAAAGACCCUCGCCUCGGUCUCAAAGUUCACAAAACUGUACAAGCUUAUGCCAACCGUGUGGGAAGCUACAGAAUGCCUUUUGCUUGGGCAGCAAAACCUUUAUUUAGAUUAUACAGCAACGACUUGGACACAACUCCUGAAUUUCCCGCCAUUUACAGACAAGAACCAAAUAAAAUGUCUGAUGAUGAUCUCAUGAAAAUUUUAUCAGACUUCCGGAAACCUGAGAAAUUAUCCAAACUGACAGUAAUACCUGGCUGGCUCAGUAUUAAUAUACAGCAGAGCAAUGAACAAGUACCAAAUUGCAUGACUACUGCCUAUGCCGCGUUAAAACCUUUCCCCCUUCCACCCACGUCGCCGCUGACAUUAGAACUAGCGACGCUCAAUGUGGAGCCGGAGCAGCCUUACGCAGCUUUCAUACAUCAUUUAUAUGUGCGACCAUUGGCUCUCAACUUCGAGUCACAGAAAAUGUUCGCGAGGGCAAGAAACAUAGCAUGCUCUAUUGAACUGCGAGAUAGUGACUCGGGGGAUAAUGUACCUUUACAGGUAGUAUAUGGUCGUACGGGUAUGACGGCGCAGUACCGUUGUUCUGUACUCCAUCAUAACGCGAACCCGAUUUGGAGUGAUGAAGCGAAAAUCCGAUUACCGGCUACGAUAACGGCGCAGCAUCACCUGCUGUUCUCAUUUUACCACAUCUCCUGUGAUCUCGCGAAAAAAAAUGACACUAACGUUGAAACUUGUAUUGGAUACGCGUGGGUUCCAUUACUGAAGAAUGAUAAGUUUGUCGACGAGAUAGUGAAUUUGCCAAUCGCUACGCAUUUGCCUUCGGGAUAUCUUUCCAUCCAACCGCUCGGACUUGGCAAAGGGAACACAGGCCCAGACGUCGUGUGGGUGGAAGGAGAAAAGCAACUGUUCCGUUGUCAGUUGGUCCUAGAUUCCACUGUCGCAACUCGAGACAUGCAUCUGCAUAACCUCUUCGCUCAGAUUGAGAGACUAAUCCGAUGCAGUUCACCCCCAACGUCCCCCUCGCCCCCACCGUGGAAUGACGUGUGCAACGCCUUAAAAGCUGCGCAUGCAAUAAGGCUGAGUUCGUUGAUUGCGUUCCUACCUACUAUAUUAAACCAGCUGUUUGAAUUAAUGACGUUUGAGAAAAACUACACUCAAGACAUGGGGUACCAAAUAGUAAAGUUAAUAGUGCAUUUCGUUCACAUGAUACACGACUAUGGUCGCAAGGAUUUACUAGACAGCUAUAUAAAGUAUGUCUUUAACUGCGUAGAGUUCAAACUUCAUACAGUAUUGACUGCGCCCCUUCACUUGUUUGUUGACUCCAACCAACAGGAUUUCUUAUUAGGACACAAAUUUAUGCAGUAUUCUGGAUUCUUUUUUGAUAUCAUUAUAAAAAGCAUGGCUCAGUAUCUGAUCAAUACUGGAAGAAUAAAGAUGUCACGGCAUGAGAGAUUUCAUAGUGACCUUUUGGAUAACAUUGAUAAGUUGAUCACCACGGUGGAACCAUCAUACAUUUUACAACAACCAAUGCAAACGCAUAUAUUCAACAAGAAUCUCGCCGUUUUUCUUAAGUCAUGUCUGUCAUUUAUGGAUAGAGGAUUUUUAUUCCGACAAAUAAAGAAAUAUCUGGACAAAUUCAAUGCAUGUGAUCCAAAAGCAUUGUUUGAUUUUAAAUUCACAUUUCUUCAAACAAUAUGUUCUCAUGAACAUUUCGUGCCGUUCAACUUGCCUUUACAAGCUAACAAAUUGUCCAAAGACUGUGAUGAAGAUCCAGCUAAAUUGAUGUUGACAGAAGACUUCAUUAUGAGACAUUUUCUUGCUGGAGUUCUGCUAAGACAUGUGGAGCAGUCGUUGCGCGAGGCGCCACAGAAGCGUCGCGUGGCGCUGGGCGUGCUGCGCGCGCUGCUCACCAAGCACGAGCACGACGACCGCUACCGCGAGCGACACGCGCGCGUCCGUCUCGCGCAGCUCUACGCGCCCUGGCUCACUGUCGUGCUCGACAAUGCUCAUCGUCUGGUAACGAAAAAUCUAGCGAGUCCUGUGGUAGAAAACGGCCACGAUAAAGUGGACGGUGAUGCGACUACACAUCUCGCCGUUAAUACGAAGGAAGUGACGUCAGCGAGCAGCACGCCACGACGGAAUCGGCUAACUUUACACUUCGAUCACACGCCCGCGCGGAACUCUGCACAUUUCAAAGAGCCCCCGAAUAUAAACCAUAUGUAUGGUAAAGAUCAUACAAACAAUGUAUCUCAAAGCUCACUAGAGUCAGUCUCGACAAUGUCCGGUGGGGACUCGCUACCUAGAAAUAUAGGGCGGCUGAACUUGAGCGAAAUUGGUGAUCAAGUCAACAGAUUCGGUGUAAUGUCCGCUGAGGAAGUGCGAGAUGUGCUUUUGUGUUUCCUGUUUGUGUUGAAGUACUUAGACGAUGAAAGACUCGUAGAAUGGUGGAAGACACACUCUCCGGCGCAACAACAGUCUUUCUUUAACGUGUUAGAGAUUUGCGCAGAACAAUUUCAAUACGUGGGUAGAAAGAAAAUAUUGUCAGAAUUGAAGACCAUUACUCCGGAACCUAGCGAUAAACCGAAGCCCAUCAAAGCUCGCACUUUACCAGCCAGGAUGAGCCCACCUGAUUUCUCCAAGGAACCUCCCAUGAUUGUUGAAAAGAAUAACACAGUCAAUAGAGAGAAUUUGGUGACACAUACUGUUACAACAGAACUAGAAGAAAUAACGGAACACGCUAUACGGUCUGCAGCUUGUCUAGCCACAGAAGUCGGUUUGAUCAUUAUCGACCGCGCUUGUCUCUUCAUGAAGAAUCUGGGCGCCGCUGAGGGUGUAGCCGCUAAACCUUACCUCAAACUACUACAGUAUCCUCAAAGCGAGACACUGUACAGACAUUUAUUCGCUGCACUUCGCGCAUAUAUAAAUCAGUUUUCUAAUACGCUCUUCGAAGGCGGCGGCGCGGUGUGUGCGGGCGUGGUGAGCGCGGUGGUGCGGCUGUGUGCGGCGCGGGACGCCCGCCUGCGGCGCCAGGCCGCCGCCGCGCUCUACCUGCUCAUGCGCGCCAACUACCAGCACGCGGCGCUCACCAGGGUGCACCUGCAGGUUAUUAUAGCUGUUUCAAAAUUACUGGAUGACUCGACGGCACUCAACUGCAAGCGUUUCCAAGAAUCUCUAUCUGUGAUCAAUUGCUUUGCUACGAGCGACAAGGCUAUGAAAGGAACAGGUUUAUCAGGAGAAGUAGCGGAGUUAAUGCGACGCGUACGUACAGUAGUGGGUGCUCGUGCUCGACUCGCAGGCGUCGGAGGAACGGGUGGAUCUGGUGGCGUGCAUUUGGCGGAGUUGCAGCACGCAUUAGCGGCGUCAUGUCGUGCGACGCCGCGACUACGACACGCGUGGCUCGCGACCCUCGCCGACCACAACGCGAGGCAGGGUGACCACGAUGAGGCCAUGUGUUGCCAACUACACAUAGCGGCACUGAUAGCCGAAUAUUUAAAACUACGAGGCACGCAGUCAUGGGGUGCCAACGAAUUCGGCGAGUUAUCUAAAAACAUACCGCCAGAUGAAGCCGGCCUCAAAAUUGACGAGGGUAUGGUGGAUGUCCACUACAACGAGCAAGCUCUUCUAGAUCAACUAAUGAUAUGUACAGAGUAUGUGGAUAAAGCAGAGCGCUAUGAACUUCUUGGUCCUCUCUAUCGGCUCAUUAUUCCUAUCUACGAACGGAAGAAGGACUACCAAGCAUUAUUAGGAUGCUAUCAACAUCUGACGAAAGCAUAUGCCAAAGUUAUCGAAGUUACACAUUCUGGGAAACGACUCCUCGGUAGAUUCUAUAGAGUUGCGUUUUUUGGGAAAGCACAUUUUGGAGAAGAUGAAGAAGGCGUGGAAUUUAUCUAUAAGGAACCCAAGCUGACGUCACUAAGUGAAAUAUCUGAGAAACUACAAAACUUCUAUGAACAGAAGUUCGGUGUGGGGUUCGUGAAGAUGAUUAUGGAUUCAGCGCCGGUAAACCGUGACGACCUGGAUAGCAAACUAGCGUAUAUUCAAGUAACAUGGGUACGACCAGCGCCUGAAGGCGUGACAGCCACAAGUUCCAGUGGCGAGGGAUUAUUUGAACGCGUACACAAUGUUCGUAGAUUCGUGUUUGAAACGCCCUUCACCAGUGAUGGAGCCGCCCGGGGACCAGUUCAUCAUCAGAGAUUGAGGCUCACGCACCUCACAGCUGAAAAUUGGUUCCCGUAUGUGAAGCGCCGAAUAUCUGUAAUUGAUACGCAAGUUGAAGAGAAAAGUCCGAUAGAGGUCGCCGUAGCAGAGAUGGAGAGCCAGGUGGUUGAACUGGCAGAGAUUGUCAACGCAAAGUCACCGGAUAUCAAGAAACUGCAGUUAAGGCUGCAAGGCAGUGUAUGCGUGCAAGUCAACGCCGGUCCUCUCGCAUAUGCUAAUGCGUUUUUGGAUCCAACGCUAGCACCGAUGUAUCCGGACGAAUCAGUCGAGAAAUUAAAAACUACAUUCAAGGAGUUCCUAACGAUAUGUCACUCAGCACUCCAACUGAACGCAAAACUCAUCAGUUCGGAUCAAGUAUCGUAUCACGAGGCACUCGAAACCAAUUACUACAAACUAAGCGACUCGUUAUCCAGCGUGUUGGGACAACCUCUGCAGGACAUAUUAGUCAAUGGCAAUUUAAGCACCACAGUCAGCGGAGUAGAACUGGAGUCUAGUAACGCGUAAAACAUUACUAAUUAGCACAAAUUGGAUCUGAACCAUUCUAUAUUUUUUACAAAAUGCAUAACGAAAUCAUUGAUUUAUUAGAAGUCUUAGUAUAUUUCUUUUAAAGGUUUCUAAGCUUUUUUAUUCUUAUAUGCGUAAGGAAAUGAAGAAGUAUUGAAAAUGGUUACUUUUACAAUAAUCGAUUUUUCUAUUCUAUAUAAAAAAUCGAUUAAUUAGUAAUCGUAUUUCUUUUCACAAAUGAUAUUUUUUCUCUUUUGUUAUUCGAUAUAAAUUAGAUUUUUAAUGUAUGUGUUAAUUGUGUUUUGAUUUGUGUAAUUUGAAUUUGUUUAAUAAUUAAAUAAUCAAAUUUUAAUACUGAAUGUCAUAUCCCUAAUAGAUUUGUUUGUUUCAUGAGUGCGGCUUCCGAUCCGAUAGGUACUUAACUUUAAAUAUUAAAAGUGUUUAGUCAAUUAUCAAUACCAUCCUUCCAGUAGUUAAAUAUUAUUUUUCAAGCUUGAUUUGCUGAUUACUGAUAUGGCAAUGUUUUACUUGUCGCUGCAACUAUAAAGGCACAAAUUAAACUAUGAUAAGAUUUCAAAACUCCCGAUAGUAGAAACCUAAGUAUUUUACAAGUCAUUAGAGUGAUCAAAUGUUUUCUAUAAUUGCCAUGCUUAUUAUAAUGUAGUUUUCUAAGAUGUUUGUCCCAUUGUAUAAUAAUUAAAAUUGUAAUAAUAUAGAUAUUUAUUGUCUAUCUCUCUUGCAGUCUCUCUAUAUCUCUCUGUGGUUUAUUAUCUCUAUAAGUUUGAUAAUUAUUAUUUAUUUUAUUAAUGGUAUUCUAAAUUAUCUAAUAGGUAUAUUAUAUAAAAUGAUGUUUUAAUAUUAGUAUUAAUGAAUAUGCUCACAUGUGAAUUUAAUCUGCCUCUACAUUUUGUUAUGUUCAUUCUAGAAAUUGUAUUAUAUUCUAUCUCCCUCCGAUGUCUGACCUGAUAUUUGAUCAUUUAUUAAGUUAUUUAGAUGUAUUAAAAUAAUAUCAAAUAAAUUAGUGGCAUAUCAUUUAAGAUAAAUGCAAGUUUACAUUCUGUUCUAUACUAUUUUCUUUGUUAAGUGGUUUUAGUAUAACAUAUUUUGUGUAAUUUUUAUAGGAUUUAGUUGUACAUAAGUCCCAUGAAUUCUAACGAAAGUCCAUUUAAGGUAAUUUUUUUUUAUAAAUAUGCAUGGAAAUUUAAUGAACUUCAUUGGAAAGCUUUCUUCAGAGUGAGUGUUACUCAUUCACAACAGCGUCUCGCCUCACAGUCGGUGCCUAUGCGUCCUACCCACUGAAUAAGGCAUCUGGAUAAAGUCUAAGCAAUUGUUGCUAAAGACGAAAACAUUAGUAAUAUCAUAAAAUUAUCGUACAUAGUUAUAGAAAAAUAUUUCAAAUGUUUUAAAUUUAUUAUGUAGGCAAAUGAAAUUCCUACAAAAUAAUUAUUCAGUCUCUAAAGACCACGGUGUAUCUAUCUACCUUCAGGCCAGAUCACCAAUGGCACUCGUUACUCGCUGACUAACACAGUCGGCGAGUACCGAGUGCCAUUGGUUUCUAUCCCUACGUUAUUUAGGGUGUAAUUAGACUAUGAAAUGUUAUUGAAUAUUGUGAUUAUUAUUUUUUUUACUUGAACCGCCUGGCAUCGUAUAAUGGAAUAAGCAUUUCUAUAGAAAUAAAAUAGCAAGUAACUUUCUUUGCUGAAAUGAAACAACACUUUAUUACAUAAAAUGUAAUGUAUGGUACAUUAUAAACAGUGAAUAAUGUAUUUGUCUAACCCAUUUAUAUAUAUAUAACUUUCGUAUAGAACUUAGGGGACUAUAUGUAUACAUUAAUUUAUUUUACAACAAUACUAACUUUAAUGUUAUGAUCAAAGUUUAUGCACAAAAGAUUUUAUGUCUGUUUUAUUUAUUUUGUUGAUUUUCAGUGUCACUGUGAAUUUGAAUAUAUUAAUUAAAUGUUAAAGUGUGUAAGUAAUAGAUAAUACAGAAUUGUCACGAAUAAUUAAGACGAACUUACAACAACAUAUUAUAUCGGACCGAUUAUAAAGUUAAAAUAUUAAUAGAUUGUGAUCAUCCUCUUCAAUAGAGGAAAAUGUUCAGUAUAAACAACCAGAAAUAAUUAGCUUAGCACAACAUAAGUAUAGCUAAUUUUGUUACAGUUAAUUACAAAAUCAAUAUUUUAUUGCCUACUGGAUUUGUUAUUUUGUUUGCUUACUUUUUCAUUUUUUAAUUGUCUAUUUGAUACAUUAUAAAA